AAUCCAACUCAUUUUACUUCUUCACAUGAAGGCUUCACUGCUUGAGCACAGUAGGCCUGUAUAUUUGACUUGCCCUGGCGUCCAGACCACGCCUCGCUUCCACGUUCUUCGUUGUUCUUCGUUGAUGCUUACCAGUGCCCAUUUGCAGAUUGAAUACCGAAACCCUAAUUUAAUAAAUUUUCCCAUUCCAUUCCCACCGCGAACUAAGUCCUAUAACUUGAUUUCUCUGAUCGUUUAUCCUUGCUGCGCUGCUUCAUUCUUGUUCUGCGUCAAAUCUAAGUUAGGAUCGUUUCUCUGCUCUGCGGUUUUAAAAUUUUUUCUGAUUAAGUGGACGAGGGGUUGUAGCUUCGGCGAGAUAACGAGCUUAUUGGACCCUUUGUUGGGCGGUUACUUGGUGUGGGCUUUGAUUUUCACAUGCUGAGGGUUUUCGGAUUUAGGGACUUUGAGGUAUUGUGGAAUGGAUAGAAAUGCAUUUCUUGCGUUGAUUCUGAUGGUUUUGAUUGUAUCGGAUGUCUCGAAUGCUUCGUUAAUCACGAAGCUCCGAAAAUUGGUCGGUGAGGCUCCGAACUACAGCUCCCAGGAAGAAAGAUCUCCGUUGCCGAGUCCAGUUGGCGCCGGCAAGGAAUCGGAUCCUAAUUCAAACGGUGCUGACAAAUCUGCUCAGAACAACUCUAAUUAUUCUCCGGUGCCCAGCGAGAGUUCAUCCAAAUUGGAGCCAAAGAGCUCGAACGAUACAGCUUCUGUGAGUCCGCCAACCAGAAAAUUGAGUCCGCCAAUUGAUAGCCAGAAGGACAAAGGAACAGAUAAAGAUGACAACAAAACUGAUGCGCCGGCAGAGAUUGUUGAAAACUGUGACAGGUCAUCUAAUCGGUGCAUGGACCUGAAUAAGAUGAUUGUUUGUGUUCUAAGCUUCAAAAGUGGGUCCAAAGAAUUGAUCCUUCUAGUUCAAAAUGAUGGAGAUAGCACUUUGAAAGUGAAUCUUACUGGGAUAUCGGUAGAAAAUGCUCUGAAGGAUGUCGAAAUACUUGGACACAAAACUAAAAGGAUUAAUACAUCAACGAGUGUUUCUGAUAUCACUGAAGUAGUUUUAAAUGCUGGACAUGGGAAUUGUGUGCUGCAUUUUGGCUCUCGUCGACCGCCUGUAGGAAACUUUUUCCUGCGCCACCCUUCUUAUUCUGAGUUCGUUACCCCCAUCAAUGGUGCCUACUUGAUGCUUUUAACAGCUCUUGUUUUCGGAGGAACGUGGGCUUGCUGCAAGUUUAGGAAGAGGAGACAGCAUGGUGAAGUCCCAUAUCAGGAGCUUGAAAUGGGUUUGCCAGAAUCUUUUUCAGAUGCUAAUGUGGAAACUGCAGAAGGUUGGGAUCAGGGCUGGGAUGAUGACUGGGAUAAUGACAAGGCAGCGACGUCACCAAGGGAACGCCAUGUAGGAAGUAUCUCAGCAAAUGGGCUUGCUUCUAGGUCUCCUAACAAAGACGGAUGGGAAAAUGACUGGGAUGAUUAGAUCUUUGGAACUAAAAAGGGUAGAAGAGACAAAGGAGGUAGGUGCGUUGGAGGAAGAGAUGAGAAAGAGGAUUGAAAAAUUGAGAGUAAACCUUUGGUACGUGCUUCUUGUACAACAUAGUUGCCAUGUAAUAUUUGAUAACAGUUUUGGUGAUUCCCCAAAAAAGGGUCUGUAAAAUGUUUUUUUAAAGCUUAAAUAUAUAAUUGUUAUCAUUGUUAUUGAUAAGACCACACCAAUAAAAAGAGUGAUGCUGUUUGGAGAA